AUGCAGUUUAAGCCAUUUCAUGUGGUUUGGCAAGUGCAAAUGUUCAUCAGAAAUAGCAUGGCCAACAGAUCCUACAAACCGAAGCACUGGAAAGGAGUCCGCCUCAAAAUCAACGUCCCGAGCCAAGUCGAGCCACGGAGGACUAGGCCCCUUGCGAUGGUUAUCAAAUGGAACCCACCGGAUGAUCCUUGGAUCAAACUCAACACUGACGGAGCAUACAACGAGGCAACGGAUAAAGCCGGGGGAGGAGGAAUUGUUCGUGAUCAUGAGGGCAACAUGCUUGCAGCCUUUGCCUACCCUCUCGAGGCUCACUCAGCUCUCGAAGCGGAGCUUCUAGCAAUCCACUUCGGGUUGCUUCUCACCUCAGAAUUCAGACGGCCUAUUUGCCUACCCUCUCGAGGCUCACUCACAGCAAUCAUUAGGAUGGAUGCAAUGGGAGUCCCGAACUUUCGGGUCCAAAAUGAAGAUGAAGAAUAG